GCUCCCAAACCCUAACUCCUCUCCUCCGGCGAAGGCCCAGCUGCGACGCGGCCCUUCGCCGGCCCAGGCAGUUCCUCUCCGCGCGCGCCUCCGGCGCACAGCUCGCCGCUAUGGGCGUCGCCGCAACGCAGCAACCUGAACUUGGGGAAAAAAACUACACUAAUUAAUGGAAGUGUAUCGAUUACAUACGCCCGCAGGCGGAUCGAUGAGCCAAACACGCCGGCCAAGCGUAUCAUAAAUAGCACUCCUUGCUAGACUAUGCGCGUCGUGGUUGGACUCCCGGCGUUCAUGGAUGAAGUCAACAUUCAGGAACUGUUCUGAAGUCGCCUUGAUCUCUUUGGUAAUUUGGCCAUACUGCCCCAUCGACUCCUCCUGGAUGCUGCGGAUCGCGUUGAUGCAAUCACUCGCCACCAUGAUCCUUUGGAGCAGGAGGUCACUUGCAAGCGCCAAACCCUCUCUGCAUGCCAUUGCUUCCAAAGUCUCUGGGUCAGAUAUUCCUGAGAAUGUCACCGUUGAAGCUCCAAGGAAGAGACCUGUACUGUCUCGUGCUACCGCCGCUACUGAAGCCGAACUAGAAUUCUUGGAAGUGGCGGCAUCAACAUUGAUCUUGGCCAGACCCGAGGGGGGAGGAAUCCACUUGGGAAUUGGAUCCUGCCUCUGCUGCCGUGCUUUCUGGACGGUUUCACUAGACCAAGCUCAGCAAUAAAUCGGUCCACAAAAUAAUGUGUUGAUAGCGGGCUUUGGAAAUUCUGUUCAUGAAUAGCCUUGCACCUUGCAUACCAAAUGGCCCAUAAAGUCACGCACACCCUGACCAGAUCAUCCUGAGGCAAGGACGAGAAGGCUACUGCUAACCAUGCCGUGCAUUGUGUUCUUGCAGACCUCCAAUGAACUCUGCAAUAUCUUCUUUUUCCAGGGCCCAAACACACCUAGCCAUAUUGCAGUCCAGCAGAGCAUGCUUCCAGGAAUCCUCGGCUCCACAAAUCGCACAGAUGUUGCUUGGUGCCAUUUUCCUGUGGUGCAAGAGAUCUCCCGACGGUAGUGUUUGCCGAGCUAGCCUCCACAGGAACACUCUGAUCUUGGACGGAACCCGAACAUGCCAAAGGGCGGACGAUGCGGUGGUGGGCUUUCUCACCGGCAGGAGGAAGGCCACCGAGGUAGCCCACGCGGUGUGGAGAAGUAUUGUUCGGAAAGGGGAUACGGUGGUUGAUGCCACAUGCGGGAAUGGCAACGACACGCUUGCUUUGCUUAAGAUGGUGGCUGAUGAAAAAGGGCAAGGACGCGUGUAUGGAAUGGACAUUCAAGAUUCCGCGAUAGAGAGCACUUCCACUUUUCUGAAAAUGGCCGUGGAUGAUGACCACCAGGGGGAACUAGUUAAGCUAUUUCCAAUAUGUCAUAGUAGAAUGGAGGAAAUUGUUCCCAAAGAUGCUCCUGUCAGGCUCGUAGCUUUCAACUUGGGCUACCUUCCAGGAGGAGAUAAAACACUAAUCACAGUACCUAAGACAACUGAGCUAGCAUUGAAAGCUGCCAGCAGAAUUCUUAGUUCUGGGGGACUCAUAAGUGUUCUCGUCUACAUUGGGCAUCCUGGUGGAAGGGAUGAACUCAAUGUUGUUGAAUCAUUUGCAUCAAGCCUUCCAAUUAAUUCCUGGGUGAGCUGCAAACUUCAAAUGGUCAAUCGGCCAAUUGCUCCAGUGCUCAUUCUUCUGAACAAGAAAUGAUCAGUCUUGUACUCUUGUUAGAGCGACACAAUGUUAGCUCUUAAGCAAUGUGACUAGCGACCAUGCUUGCCGAUGGAGCUCAGUACCACUGUAAUAAGGAUUCAAAUUUCAUCUUGGCAUUGACUGAACUUCGGCUGAGUCUUCUACAUGGGGCACAAUAUUAGCCAGCUACUUGGCAUUUGUACAAGCUUUUAGUGCAACUGCAGUGUUCUCUGUGCAUAUUUUUAAUAUCCGUCUUGAUUUGUGUUGUACUUUUUCAUGGCCUGUAGAAUUUUCCACUGUUGGUUCUUAGAUGUGUUAAUGAACUCCAGAUAAUUCCCCAUAGCAUUUGCUGCA